AUGAUCGAUAAUUUAAUAGCAUCAGUAACAGUAAUAAUAUUCAAUAGCAAUAGGAAAAUGUCAAUAAGUACCACACCAACUACAAAAGAACCAAACGUACGUGCAGGUGUUGAAGACCUCAUGAAGCGUCGUUUCUUCAUCACUCCAGCCUUCCAGAUCUAUGGAGGUGUCGCUGGUCUCUACGAUUACGGACCUCCAGGUUGUGCCAUCAAGGCAAAUCUCAUCAAUUUCUGGCGUCAACACUUUGCUUUGAACGAAGACAUGUUGGAAGUCGACUGUACCGCAUUGACACCAGAGAUCGUUUUAAAGACAUCAGGACAUGUUGCCAAGUUUGCUGAUUUCAUGGUUAAGGAUGAAGUCACUGGAAUGUGUUACCGUGCCGACCAUAUCUUGGAGGCUCACGUCGAGAAGCUUCUGGAAGGAAAGGACGUCAACGAAGAGAAGAAGGCCGAAUACAAGCACGUUUUGGCACGUGCUGGUGAUGCCGGACAAGAGGAGUUGCAUCAGAUGUUGGUUAAAUACGGAGUCAAGUCACCAGACACUGGAAAUGCCAUCUCCGCACCAUAUCCAUUCAACUUGAUGUUCCAAACACAAAUCGGUCCAUCCGGUCAGUUGCUCGGAUACCUCCGUCCAGAGACUGCCCAGGGUAUCUUUGUCAACUUCCGUCGUCUUCUCGACUUCAACGGAAGUCGUUUGCCUUUUGCCGCCGCACAAAUCGGUAAUUCCUUCCGUAACGAAAUCGCACCGCGUUCUGGAUUGUUGCGUGUUCGUGAGUUCACAAUGGCCGAGAUCGAACACUUUGUACACCCCGAUCGUAAGGCUCACCCCAAGUUUUGUGAUGUCGCCACUCUCAAGACCAACCUCCUCACUGCCGAGGCACAGGGUACCACCAAGAUGGUCGUCGAAAUGAACUUUGGAGAAGCCGUUGCCAAGGGAAUCAUUAACAACGAGACACUCGCCUACUUUAUGGCACGUACUCAGCUGUUCUUGCACACCGUCGGUAUCAAGCCAGAGCGUAUGAGAUUCCGUCAGCAUCAAUCCAACGAGAUGGCACAUUACGCUGCCGAUUGUUGGGACGCUGAAAUCCACACUUCCUACGGUUGGGUCGAGUGCGUUGGACAUGCCGAUCGUUCAUGCUACGAUCUCAAGGUUCACUCUGAGAAAUCUCAGGUACCAUUGGUAGUCUUUGAGGAGUUCAAAGACGGUCCAAAGAUGGUCGACACCAUCGACGUCAAGAUGAACAAAGGUUUGAUGGGUAAGACUUUCAAGGCAACCGCCAAAGAACCAAUGGAUUUCUUGGAUUCACUUUCCAACGAUUUUGAAGCAGGUUUAACAUUCAAAGAGAGAUUGGACACUGAUGGACAAGCUGUUAUAAAUGUUAAUACCAAUCAAUAUACUAUUACAAAGGAAAUGGUUACUUUGACAAAGACACAAAAGAAGAUCAGUGGAGAGAGCUAUCAACCACAUGUUAUCGAACCAUCGUUUGGUUUGGGUAGAAUCAUCUACUCGUUGAUUGAACACGCAUAUUGGGUACGUGAAGGAGACGAACAAAGAUGUGUUUUGUCUUUGCCAGCUAUCAUCGCUCCAGUCAAGGCAUCGAUUCUCCCAUUGAUUGGAAAUGCCGAGUUGGCUCCAUUCGUUCAUCGUAUCAAUCGUUUGUUGAAGGAAGCCGGUAUUUCAUGCAAGGUCGACGACUCUGGUUCCGCCAUCGGACGUCGUUACGCCCGUACCGACGAAAUCGGUAUUCCAUUCGGUAUCACCAUCGAUUUCGACACCCUCAAGGACGACACUGUCACAUUGCGUGAACGUGACACCACCAAACAAGUACGUAUCCCAAUUUCAGAUGUCACUCAAACUCUCAAGCAACUCUGUGAGAACAACAGCACCUGGCAAGAUGUCGUUACCAAGUUCCCAGCUUUCGAAUCAAAUUAA